AUGUCUUCGACUUCCUCUAAACUUUUGCUCAAGAACGGUGUACUCUUGGUGCACGGAGAUGGUGAUAAAGUAGUCCGUCAACAAUCGGAUGUUUUGAUUGAAGGUGACAAGAUCAUCCAAAUCGAUAACCACAUACCGACCAGCGACGAUACCAAGGUCAUCGACUGCAAGGACAAGAUUGUAUCCCCAGGCUUCAUCAGCACACACCACCACGUGUGGCAGACUCAACUCAAGGGGCUGCAUGCCGAUCAUACCCUACUGGAAUAUUUACCCUCGGGAAACUUCAGUGGUGUCUUCUACACAGCCGAAGAUGCUUUCUGGGGCGAGUUGGGCGGCGCCCUUGAGGCCAUUGAUGGCGGCACCACUACAGUUGUCGAUCAUUCGCAUCUGAACUUGGGCCCUGAAUUCCCACCCACGAUGAUUCAGGCAUUAGCCGCAUCCGGCGUGCGGGCCGUGUACGGUUAUUGUUUUCCAAGACAAGUCGCAAAUUUGAAUCCGUUGGCAGUACAAGACGACUAUGGUCCUUCUGGAGUCGAGGCUUGGAAAGCUCUCGUCGCCAAGGGCCCAUACGGUGAUGAAAGGGUUCAGCUCGGGUUCUCAGUUGACAACGUCUAUCAGUCAGGAGAUGCAUUGAAGAAGCUCUACUCGGAACUUCGAGCUGCGGGGGCCAAGGUCAUCACUAGCCACGCCGCUUCUGGCCUUGCCUUUGGCAACGGACCUUCAGUCGUGCAAAUCCUCGACAGUCACGGCCUCUUGGGGCCGGAUAUCCUCCUCUCACACGGUAAUUUCCCCAAAGAGGGCGACGCAGAGCUGAUUGCAAAGAACAACGUAUGGAUCUCUUCAACCCCCAACACCGAACUUCAGAUGGGGUCUCCGCCGGUUGCUCUUCUCCCCGAGUUUGAAGCACACUCUAGUCUUGGCGUCGAUUGUCACAGCUGGAGCAGUGCCUUCAUGCCGAACCAGAUGCGUCUUGGCCUUCAAUACGCUCGCACCGAACGCCAGGAGGCCCUUCGACGCCAGGGUAAGUGGAGUCGCCACACAGGACUUACCGCAGAGCAAGUUUUCAACCUUGGAACUGUUGGAGGUGCUCGUGCGAUUGGAAUGGCGGGCGAAAUUGGGCAGAUAAAGGUUGGUGCCAAAGCGGAUUUGGUCGUGUUCGACACGACCAGCCCGUCAAUGGUUGCUGCCGCAGAGGAGAAUCCCGUUGCAGCCGUUGUGUUACACUCCAGUGAAAGAGACGUGGAAACUGUUAUCGUGGGCGGUGUAAUCAGAAAGGAGCAAGGCGAACUGCUCCCCAUCUCAGUUGGGAACGAAGUCGAGGGGGCGCACGACCUUGGCCUAAAGGGGACGCAGCUUGCAUGGGAGGAUGUCGUCAAGAAGUUGCUUGAGAGCCGAACAAGGCUGAAGGAGAAGGUUGAAAGUGUCGACAUGAAAGCUGCCGAGGAGGCAAUCAUUGAAGGUUUCUAUAUGAAUCGGAAGGAUAUGCUCGAGCAGUGA